AUGCGUCGUUCUACAAUCGUUCCAACCGUUACCAAUACAACUGGAAACGUUCCUUUUGUCAAUUCCCACAAUAAUUUCGCUCCUUCUCCCAACCAAGUCAAAGCCGUCCAAAUGAACCAUCUUGCUGACCAGCUGUCUCAAUUGCAAGCAAAUUUAUCCCAUCUCGAAAAUCAUCUUCACGUUACCGCCAUCCAAGCCGAAGCAAUUCGACGUAUGGGUGCUCUUCAAGCUUCUUUAUUGAUGGCUUCUGGUCGCGUCCUGUCCGAAUCCAACAUGACUUUUUUCCAACAGGAAAAGUGA